AUGACACCCCAGCGAAAACGAGCAAGACAGGCAUGCCAUUUCUGCAACUCUAAGAGGAUCAAAUGCAAUGUCAUUGAUCAUAAUCCUUGUGACAACUGUGUAGAAGCGCAGAAGCCUUGUCAGAUACGAGAGUCUCGGCGUGGUAAAUAUGAUCGCCGAAGGAUCGGAUCUGUGGCCGAUCAGGCAAGUCGGCAACGCAGCUCCGACCCUGCCACGGCCGAGAGCGUCAAGCAGAAAAACAAUUUCGUCCCCUCCCACCUAUUCUCUCUCCAAAGUGAAAGUAACAGCCAAAGGCCGCUGACGGUGCAAUUGGAGCAUGCGCCAGAUGAUGCUCGUGGAGAGGUGCCCGAACCCGGCCGCCCAGCCAUCAAGGAUAGUGACAGGGGAGAGGAAGAUUCAGUUUUCUUAGGAGAAUCCACUUUUGUUCGAUAUAUGCAGGAUGGCGGCAGCCCGACACACUCACGGUCAUCUCCAUCGGAUAAUGGAAGGCUUCUGCACCCGGUGUUAAAAUUUCCGGAAAUCGAAAAUGCCAUAACCCCUUGGGAGGCAUCUCAUCGUCGCUCUAAGGCUGCUUUGUUGGAGCAGGAGGGAGUGACACUUUUUCCAGACGCAAGGAUUGUUGAGACCUUGUUCCGGGCUUAUUUUCGCUGGUUUCAUCCAUGCUUUGCAAUCGUGGAUGAACCCGACGUCUGGCAUCAAUACCAACAGCGAAAACUGUCACGUUUACUUCUACAAUCUCUCUUAUUUGUGGGAAGCACAUUUUGCGACGAAAGCGAACUUCACAAGGCUGGAUUGGAAAAUCGCCGUCAAGCAACCUACCUCUUCUACAAUAAUGCAAAGGAUCUGUACGAUGCUGAAUACGAGACUAACAAAAUAACAAUCAUCCAAAGUCUAUUUCUUCUCAGCUUUCGACGUGCCGGGGCCACACUGGAAAAGGACGCCCGGCACUGGCUAGGAGCUGCAAUCACGCUCGCAGAGACCAAAGCUUUGCAUCGAUCGGCGGGUUCGCGAGUAUCGAAGCGACAGCGGUUGAGAAAACGUCUUUGGUGGUCAAUAUACGUCCGAGAAAGACAAUGUGCGGCAGCAUUAGGACUACCGAAUCGAGUUCGCGACGAAGAUUGUGAUGCCGAGACUCCGACAGAGGAUGAUUUCGAAGAGGCUUUCAGUCCUUCUGUUUCGAAAGAGAUCAUGCGACAAUAUACGCUUUAUUCCAUCGGAAUGACCACACUUUCCCGGAUAAUUGGUCGCAUUGUUCAUUGUGGAUAUCUCCCAAACAAGGUCUUGUCAACCUCAAUUCGAGAGUCAAUCAAGAAUGAGCUGUUUGAGUGGAAGCAAAGAUUACCAGUGGCCAUGCAACUUGAUUCCACAUUUGGAAAACAGUCAAGUUUACACGCAAAUAUGCUCCAUCUUGCUUACAACAAUUUGCUCAUCUUAUUGUUUCGUUCUGACUUCAUCGAGGGUAAAGAGGACAGCCUGGAAGGUCAGAUAGCACUUCAAGCCGCAGCAAGUAACGCGCAUGCCGUCGAAGAUAUCCUAUCUUCCCCAGGAAAUUUUCGAUUCGCUCAGAUACAUGUUAUCACCAAUCUUUUUAAUUCUCUUUGUAUUCAUACACUUCGUCUGCGGAGGCUGCUUGAACUGCCGGAAGAGCCGAGACGAGCGAUCGCCGAACACCAAGCGCGAAUCUGUCUUCUCGGCUUGAGAGAAUUGCAAAAAACCUGGGGGGUCAAAAAUUGGGUUCUUGAAUUGUUUUUCUCAUAUUUGGAUGAAUCUACCGCCUCGAGGCUACAAGUCAAUGACAUUGGUGCAGGUGGAAGAUCGGUAGGUACCGAUCGGGAGCCGCCAAAUACAGACCAACAACCUGAAACUGGGGUGCAACAGUCCUCCAACGGUCUGGCUGAGAUUGGACCAAAUUCAAUCGGACUCCAACCGGCGGACGAAGAUCCAAUACCAAAUUAUCCCUGGUCUUGGUCGAUGGAAGAGAUCAACAACUUCCUCCAUACUCAGAUUGAAAGUGGUUUUGCCUUUGGCGAAGGAAAUAUUAUGAAUUUGGACUUGGAGCAAAGCCCAAGUGACUGCUUAGGUGUUGAUGCGACAGAUACUGAGAUGUGGCUUAUGGAAAAUGGUAUCCCAUAG